AUGAAAAACCAAUUACAUUUAAAUUUAAAUGUAACGGGAACAUUGAAUGUUGAUAAUGAUGGUAAUGCGAGUGAUUCGAUGGAAGCAGCAGCAGCAGUAGCAGUAUCUAAGUUAAAAUGGGAUGGUGUUAAUGUAGAAACCGUCACAACAGUGCCUCAAGAACAACAACAACAACUACAACCACACGAACAAAAACAACAUCAACAACAAAUACUAGAAGCAGAACAACAACAACUUAGGAAAGCAUAUAGCAAAAUCGAAGCAAUUGCAGUGGGACAGUCGUCUACAACUACAACAACAACCACAAUUAGAGGAGACGUGGAAACAGUAGCAGCAGCAACAAAACGAGUAGCGACAUCGUUAUCAUCAUCACCGUCAUUGUUGAAUUCAUCAUCAACGGCAUUAGCUAAAUUUAACCGAAUCAUCGACAGUACAAUGCCGGCAACUAACUAUUAUCAGCAUCAUUUGCAACAACAGCAGCAAGCGCAAGAGAGCAUGCAACAUGCCAUAUGCGUCGGUGCAGCACCACCAGCAACGCUGAGUGAUGCACUACAGCAGCGCUUAGCGCUCGUCUAUCCCGACAUUGUCUCGACCGAUUCGCAAACGAAAAAAAUUAAUUUCACAACAGCAGCAGCAGCGGCGGCAACAGCGAAGACAACAGCAGCAACAACCACACAAACAGCAAAACCGAAAGCGAAAGUGAAAGGAAAAUCCGGUGCAACGCAUGAUCGUUCGCGUACAACGCGAGCGGAAAUAGCAACGGAAGUAGAAGCGGCAGCCUUGACGGCCGCAGCUGCUGCAACAGCGCCAUCAAACGACGAUAAUCAAAUGAAACGAAAUGAUGUGCAUUAUUUGUUGAAACAAUUAAAUAGUUUUAGUGAUAUAGAAGAAAUAGAAAUUGUUGAUAUGGAGCAAAGACAGCGACAGCUGGAUGAACAACAGCAGCUAACACAGCAGCAACAACAACAGCAACAGCAUAUGGGCCACGGCGUGGACAAGGCACACUCACCGACAGCGCAAUCGCUUGUGAUAACCUCGCCAUCGUCGCUGUCACACAAAGGCAUACGACGGUACGCCUCACUGCACCAACAGCAGUGCACGCAAUAUCCGCUCGACAGCGACGAGGCGAUCGACAGCGUCGAUCAACAGCAAUAUUUGCUGCAACAAUUCGACGACUACCUUUUUCAGUCCUGCCACUAUUUGGAGACAAAUUAUUUUGCCGCCAACUAUCGCACUGCCAUGGUUGAGAGCAGCUCACACGAGUUCCGACCGUCGACGACGACGACAACGGGCACAUCGGCCGCAUCUGUCUCAUCGGAGCAAUCCCUCGAGCUGCACGAGACCGAGCCGCCGAGCGUAAUCUGCAAGGCACCACCGCCACCAGCGCCUGCCACACCAACACCAUCUUCAAGCGGCGUCGAUGUGCCGACAACACCCAGACGCUACGGCAUGCAAGCGCGUCUGACUAGCAGCGGCGUACAAACCGAACUCACCGCCACCUCACUAACCGAGGCGUCGCUAGCAAAGAGCAGCAGUAGUUCCGCCAGCUCUGAAGAGCAGCGACGGCGUGCGCCAUUCUUCAAGUGCUGCUACACGCCUAUAGAUCGCUGGCGUGAAAAGCGUAGCGCAGCACAUUCAGCGGCGGCAGCGCAAAAGCGUGGCAGUCGACAAAGUGAGCGACCAAGUGUCACUGCAGCUGCAGCGUCGGUUAGCAAGCGCGGUGGCGCCUCCGCCAGUGCCAGAGCGAGUAAAGCCAGCGUCGCACAGCAACAUACGCGCAAAAAUGGCCAUGCAGUCUGACAUUUCGCGUACGCAUUGGAGUGUGUAGGCGUGGGUGUGAGCGUGAGCAUGGAAUUACUAACAAAACAGAGCAAAUUGAGAAUCCAUCAGCGUCGCUGUCUAUUUGCGAUAUCAACAAUUACUUCUAUUUCAAAAUUAUACUUGGAAUAUUUACGCUAAUACUUUUGUAUACAUGAAGAUAUUCCAAGUAGAUUAUUUGUUUGAAAGCGCAAACUUAGAUGAUAAACUAGGAGGAGCAGCAGGAAGAGUUAUUUUCUGCAGCGCAUUGAAGGCGCGUCAAUGCGUGGCAAAAAGUGAAAGAGAUUUUGAAUAUUGACAGUUGUAGUAAAGCAUAAAAUAGAAGUCUUAAAAAGUGUUCUAAAUGUUAAAGCUUUUUUAAAAAGCCUUUUAGUUGUAUGCAUGCAUGCAGGAAGUGAACCAGUCGUGUACCAGUGUCAGUUGGUACCAGUUAAAUUAGUAAGCCACACACGCUAACCUCAAAGAUAAUAAAGAGCCACAAAUACGCCGCACUAAACAAGAGAUUUGCAUUGGAAAUAAGCGCUUUUAAAUUAACUUUUUUGUUAUGAAUUAAUGUUAGACUAAUAAGUUCUUUAACACGCCGCGUAAAAGAAGAAACGCGAGCGAAAAAUUUGCUUUUGAGCAUUCCAAAGGUAGCUAUAGUUUUCAAAAACAAGUUUAAGUUAUAAAAUAACGAUAUUGAUUCUAAGCUAUUGCUUUUUAUUAUUUUUAUGACUUUUUAAUUUUCAGCAUUUUUUUAAUUUUUUACAUUUUAUUUACCUUUUUUAGUUUUUUAAUGUUUUUAGUUUUAAUUUAUUUUUUAAUUAAAUUAUUAUUUUUUUUUUAAUUUUUUUUCAAUUUCAAUUUUAAUCUUUUAUUUUAGUUUUUAUUUAUUUUUUUGUAUUUAUUUUACUCUUUUAAAUAUUUUUAAUUAUUAUUUUUUAUUUUUAUUUAUUUUAUUUUUACUUUUAAUUAAAUUUUUCUUUUUUUAUUUAAUUUUUCUUUUUUUUUAAUUUAAUUUUUCUUUUUUUUUUUUAUUUAAUUUUUCUUUUUUUUUAAUUUAAUUUUUUUUAUUUUUAUUUUUAAUUUAAUUUUUUUAUUUUUAUUUUUAAUUUAAUUUUUUUUAUUUUUAUUUUUAAUUUAAUUUAUUUUUUUUUAUAAUUUUAAAAAAAUUUUAAUGUCAUAUUUUUGGUGUCGUUUUUGUUUUUUUAUAUUCCCUACCUAAAAACUAUUGGAUUUCACUGAAUUGACUUCAAUUAAACCAAGUGUUACAAUUACCACAUUUUACGUCCUUGGCUUUGUCUUAUUUUUGAUAUUAGUGUGUACCGAUUGCAGUGUAGUGAAUUCCGAAUGCUUUUGUUUUCAAAUUUGAUAGAAGCAUCUAAAUAAUCACCUAUUGUAAGAACACCGAAUGUCAUCUUAUUGCCUACACACACACACUCACACAGCGACUUAAGUGACUGCAGCACACCGAACGAAAACUGCACAUGAUACAUACAUACAUACGUACAUACAUGCAUACACAUACAACUUUGUUUGCGAGCUUCACCAAACUGCAUAGAAGAAGCGUAAACCUAAACCUAAUAAAAUAAGGCAGUGCAAGCAUGGAAACGUAAAUAAUAAUAGCUUAAUAUAUAAUAUAUAUGAACAAAAAAACAAAAUUAAAGAACAAAUGCCGUCGGUAGGUAAAAUUGCAAAAGAAAGUAAAUAUAGCAGCAGCAGCACAUAGCAUAUUUCACGAAUGUUUACGAAAAAUACUUUACAAAAUUAAAAUAAUUGUAACGCGAGCGUUUAGUCUUAACAUAAUUAAUUAUAAUUAAUGCAAAUACUAAGGAUAAGUAACUUUUUCUAAAACACAAAGAAGUAAAACAUAACAGUAGAAACGCAUACAAAAACAAAACAAAAAACUUAAAAAAAAACAUUUGCAAAAUAAGUGAAUAAAAUGCAGAAAAUAUAUUGUUAAUGCAUUGAAACGCUAAAAAUAUAGAAGCUAUAUGAACAUAAACCAAAAACAAAAACAAAAAGAAAAAACACAAUACCACAUGCAAUGCAUAUUAACUAUAUAUGCUAUGAACUAUAAAAAGCGCAUCAAAUACCAGUAAUUAAUUUAAUUAGAGAGCUUGUAUAGAAAAAGAGUGAAAUCGAAAAAGAAAAAUAAAAGUCAGCAAGCAAAAACAAAAAAAAAUAUUGAAACAUAAUAAAUGAAUUUAAAUUCAAAAAAAGAAAAGCAAAAAGCGUAGAAGUGAAAUUUUUAAGCGCUAAUUUUUAAUUUUCAAAACAUUCUAGCAAUAACUUAAUAGGUAAUUCAUAUAAAUAUACAUACAAGCAAAUAAGAAGUAAAACAAAGCAAGAAAAAAACCAAAAAAAGAAAACACAAAAUACACCAUGUCAUGUGACAGCGCAAUAAGCGUGCAGGAACUGUUAUCAUUAACGGAGUCAUUGAAAUAAAAUUGAAAAAGAAAAACUAAAAAAA